CAGAAAAGCAAAAUUCCAGCUUUGUCCCGGUCACCAACAGCUGAGGCGUCAGUGAACAGCAGAGGUGAGCAAAGGCUUAAAUCCCCAAACUCCAAACGUACUCCAACACUCAGCCACAAGACGCACACGCACAGCAACAUGGCGGCAACUCCAAAAUCCCACGGGAUGGAUCGAACAACCAUCGCUAGCAGCCCCAGAACGACCGAACGAGUCAAAACACAAGAACAGAGAGCGGAACCUGUAAGCGUCUUAAACUCCAAACCACAUGUUGCACUGACAACUGGACCAACAACAAAGACUUCAAACAAAACGACAAUUAGCCCAAAACUGCAAACACACGGAAAAGAAAUAAGCCUCGAGACACAGUUGCCAAAAAUGCUACACCUUCCCUUAAGCACGAAUGUCCACAAUCCAAAAGGGGACUUAGAUGUUAUCAGCCCAAAACUUGCCAAUCGAACCCCAACACUGACAACCAAAACCCAAAAACUUGACACAGCUAGCACCAGACAUGACUCAAGAACUCAGGGUUCUGAGACGCCCCCUGUAGGACUAAAGUCCCCAAAUCAGAGGGGUGAAAUGGCACAGCUCAACACCAAGACUCCACAACUGAGUUCUCGAAGUCCCAAACCAUCCACACAGAGGAAAGCUUCUGGAACCAGAAACAAUAAUGCUUCAGGGUCGAAGGAGAAUCUUGAUGGUCAAGAUUUAAGUGUUGGUUCUGGAUCCAAAGACAGUUCAAAUUCUAAAGCUACUACAGUGACUACAGACAGUCUGGAUUCUAAAACUGGCUUGAAUUCCAAAACAGCAAUGGGGUCCAAAGAUAGUCUGGAUUCUAAAAGUGGUUCUGCUUCCAAAACCAGUUGGGGAUCAAAGGACAGCUUAGACUCCAAAACUGGCUCCAACUCCAAAGCCAGUCCCAGUUGUAGGUCCGGGAUGGGUUCCAGAGAUAGCCUUGAUCCUAAAACUCAGACUCCUUCAAACUCUAAAGGCAGUUUCAAUCUCAAAACCAGUCCAAGUUUAAAACCAGGCUCUGAGUUUAAUCUCAGCACUAAUUCUGAUCUCCUUUCCAGUUCUGAACCUGCUCCAAACCGUUCGACUUCUAAACCUUCUCUGGUGGCCUCUGGCUCUAAGAUGGACAGUGUUGGAUCUAUCUCCCCAUUGUCCUCCAGAACUGGUCCAGAUGGGUCCAAAGACAACCACCUCAAGACUGCAAGCUCCAGUGCUAAAUCAAGUCCAGAACCUAAAGCUGGUGCAAAUUCUUAUAAGCCUGGAGAAGUUCGGUCUAGCUCAAAGUCACCUCUGGCAGAUUUGUCUCCCUCCUCGAUGCUCUCUCCUACAUCAAGUUCAACAAGUAGGAGCCCUGGCAAAAGUCUUGCUUCUAGCCCAGCUGGGCCAAACAAGGAGGUCCAGAAGAGUCCUGCUUCGGCUCCAGGUUCCGGUGAGAUUUCAGGCCUGCUGGCUCCUCUGGCCACCUCCAGCCCCAAAACCAGAACCACUGUUGCCUUGACAAUGACGAGAGGGUCCACGCCAGAGCCUACAGCAGUUCCAUCCAUUGCUGUGGAAACAAACACCAGCACAACACCCCAUAAUACCAAUCUAACUCGGGGUCUCACCUUUGACUCUAUCACAAAGACACCCGCAAAAACAGGUGCUGCCAGUGAGGAAGAGCGUUUGAACCUGCCGGAGACCAAAGUGCCAGCUGGAGGAGGACCGGCGGUAUCCCAGGGGGAUGUACGAGGGGUAGAGGUGACUGACAGCGCAGGGUUGUUGCCAGGAGGUAAGAGGAGCAAACCAAGUCACCUGGGAGAUGCAAAUGCCAUCACCGCUGGUAGCAAGACCUCAUCAACAAGGGAGACUAGAUUGGAGAGUCAAAAUGAAGAGAAGAAGAAGCAGGAGAGCGGUAAACAGAAAGAUGGUCGAGGGAAUUCCUCUCUCCCGCCUUCGUCUCCCCUUCAUCCUCCUCCGCAUCUUUCCACUCAUCCAGAGAGGUUCAAGACAGUAAGGGAGACGGCAACAAUGACUGACUCAAGUGAGAGGUUUCAUCUGGCUGAAGGGGAGCAGAAAGAGGUGGGUGUCCAAGUGGAGAUGGAGGUGGUCGAACACACUGCUUCUGCUAGCUCCAGCCUGCACAAGGGAGCUCCUUCCUCCUCCCUUAUAGCCUCUCCCAGCUGUCAGUCAGGUAGCUUGACCUCGCCGACUGUCCCGUCACUGUGCUGCGUCCCCGCUGGGCAGCCACCUUUCCAGCAUGUCUGUAAGAUCAACAUCGAGUUGCGCAGCCAGUCGAUGCUUCCCUCUGUUGUGACUGACCGUGCUAGCUCCCUCCCCACCUCUCUGCGUACAUACAGCUUCCAGCAGAGCCCCGGCCUCAUGUCGGAGCUACGACUCGGACGAAACCCGGACCGAGACAUAAGUGCUGAGAGCAUCUGGGAGGACGAGGAGGAAGAGGAGGAAGAAGUGGAGGAGAAGGUAGCAAGGGAGCAGAACAAGGAGGAAGAGGAUGGAGAGGAGAGGGUAGAGACGAUGAAGCCACAGGAGGUGGCAUGGGACAAACAGGGGAGGACAUGGGAGGUGUAUGGCGCCUCUGUGGACCUGGAGUCCCUGGGCACAGCGAUCCAGUCCCACCUGGAGUCAAAGAUUCAGGAGCAGGAGAACUACAUCCGGACUCUGAGGAAGUCCAUCUGCUCCGACAGCAGCCUCAGAGGGUAUAAGAUGAAGAAGAGGAAGAAGAAGAGGGGAGGGAUUCUGGGAUGCUGCAGGAAAGCGCCCGCUGUGGCCGACUGA